AUGGAUGCAGUCGCCGGCACGGCGGGGUAUCGGGGACCAGCGGAAGUGCGCGCCCGCGCGCCCGGCAAGAUCAUCCUCGCGGGCGAGCACGCCGUCGUCGCCGCCGCCACCGAUCUCUACACCAGGUCCUCCCUCCUCCUCCGCCCCACAGGUGCUCCCGCCCACCCUGGCUUCUUCGGUUCUUCGUUUUGUCGCGUCGCCGCCGCUGGUACCCUUCUCACAGCUCCUCUCUCCCGGUGCCACGCAGGAGAGGGUGGCGGCGCUGACUCCGGCGCGGUGGAGCUGUACCUCAGGGACUCGGGCCUCACCUUCUCGUGGCCGUGCUUACGCCUCCGCGGGGCGCUAGGCGAGGAGAUCAGCGCCAACCCCGGGGUUCCGGCGCCGUGCUCCCCUGACCAACUGGCCACCAUUGCCAGGCUCUUGGAGGACCAGGAGAUCCCUGAGGCCAAGAUCUGGCUCUCUGCCGGCCUGUCCGCUUUCCUUUUCCUCUACACCUCCAUUCUGGGAUGCAGGCCUGGCAAGGCAGUGGUGACCUCGGACCUGCCCAUGGGUGCAGGGCUCGGCUCGUCGUCGGCAUUCUGUGUGUCCAUGUCAGGGGCUCUAUUGACGGCUGCUGGCGCAGUCAGUGUUGGAGCACACAGGGGUGCUGAGGGGUGGGAGGUGUUGGGGAAGGGUGAUCUUGAGCUGGUCAACCAAUGGGCGUUCCAAGGGGAAAAGAUCAUUCAUGGCAAACCUUUUGGCAUCGACAAUUCCGUCAGCACUUUCGGGUUGACCUCUAGUGGAAUUCGUAUUGAGGUUGUUCUUCGCAAUAACUUAAUGGUUGAUUGCUUAAUGGCACCGCCACUCUUGUCAUGA